AUGUGGCGGUUCAUGGUGGCGACGGCGGCGGUGGCCGCCGCGGCGGACCAAGGCAAGCAAUGCCCUGGCUCUCCGAAUCAAUGCAGUCUCCACGGAAGCUGUAUGAUCAACCGCCACGGCGAGUACAUCUGCAACUGCCAGUGGGGCUACACGGGUUACGAUUGCUCGCAGAAGAUGUGCCCGCAUGGGUUUGACCCGGUAGACAGUGGCAACCAACAAGACAAGAUCCUGCGCGUGUCGAUCAUGCAACUCCCUGCAACGUCGUCGAUUUUGAUCCAGUUUCAUGGCCACGUCGUCGAGUUGGACGCGUUUGCGUCGGCGCACCUCACCGUCGACGUCUGCGCGCAAGUAUUUCGCCGGUUUCGCAACCUCGGCGAUCUCUCGUGUGCCGCCGUCCCACUCGCGUCCGACACGUCGUCGUCGUCGGCUCCCAUCGCUGAAUUCGACCUCACACUGAAAUCGUUUCCCGUGUACCCAGUCAUGAACAACCUGUUUUACCACGAAGGCAACCCACCGAGCACCGAUUUCUCGUGCACGCCGUCGUCUGCGUGCCGCUUCACGAGCAUCACCGACUCGAACGUGAAGGCGUACCUGCCUUGCUCCAACCAUGGUCUGUGCAACGUCGUGUCGGGCUUGUGUGCUUGCGAACCGGGCUACCACGGCGCGAACUGCGGCUCCAACACCGAUGCUGGCAACAUGCUGGACGGGCUAGCCACGGGUCCUUUCUUUUCGGGCAACUUGCUGCGCUUGUCUGCCAUGCGUAGCCCGUCCAGCGCGUUCGACAUUAUCCACGCGGACGCGGGAGGCGCUCCGAUCUUCACCAUGGACGGCGUUGGGCACACGACGCUGCAUGGCGCCGACGCUUCGCUGAGCGUGCCAAUGCUGGUCACGACGCAGUUGGACGUCCAGCGCGGCGGCAAAGUACGCAUCUCGCAUGCCGACGUGAAGCUCGCCGACUCGAGACUGGUUCUGUCGACCACAUCGAGCGCGUUGGUCCUGCCGUUGGUCGACCUCGACGUUGCCGCGACGACUGAGUCGGUCGACUUGAUUUCGGCCCGCGUCGCCGGCACGACUGUGUUUCAAGUGUCUAGCGAUGGCAGGACGAGUGUCGGCAGCGAGUUGAGCGUCGGCCGCGACGUGGGAAUCGGAGGGCACUUGGUUGUGGCCCAAGCGAGUCGUCUGCAGGGACCACUCGUCGUGCACGAUAUAGCGCUUGUCAAGAAGCACACGACCCUCGAAGAUGGGCUUGCCGUCCACGGGCCGUCCGUGCUCCGUUCGCCAAACGUGGGUUCCGUCGAAAUCGGUAGCACUGCGACGCACGACGUGCUGGCGGUGACCGUCGAAAGCGGCGCGUCCGGUUCGUGCAUGGCAUGCCGCAGCGCAGACUCGGCGCUCUUGUUUGACGUGGCUGCGUCCGGUGCGACGACGAUCCAUCAAGGCGGCGUGCGUGUGGAAUCGGGCGGCGUGCACGUCGAAGCCGGCGGGCAAACGAUUGCGUCGGGGGGACUCACGAUUCGAUCUGGCGGACUCGCGGUGGAAGGUGGCACUGUGACCAUCCACGACACUCUGUCGCUGCAUCAAGGGAUCGCAGUCACAUCCACCGACCCGCUGCGAUCGCCGCUGCGCGGUCAAGCGAGCCAUCCCCACUUUGCCGGCACGGUUCUUGCGCUGGACGCACCGGCAAACGCGACGACGCCGUUUGAUUUUGUCCGAGCGGGCGACGUGUGGCGCGUGCGCAGCGACGGGUCGAUGUGGCUCCAGGGCGGGUUGACCGCCGAUGGACCGAUCGCGUCGGCGACGGGGCCGCUGAUUGCGUCGCAUCAAGCGUUGUUUCGACCGCGGACGCUCCAGAUGCAGCCGACGCUCACGAUUCCGUGCACGCACAGCUACGUCCAUAUCACGGACGACGGCGAGUCGACGCCCCAUGCGACGCAAACGAUUGCCGUCGACGGCGCGGCAUACGGCCAGCUCCUCAUCAUCCAGAACAGCGACCCGGACGGGCUCAAGAGCUUAAAGAUCCCGCCGUACUCGUCGGCGCUGUUUGUGUUUGACGGGCAGGCGUGGCAGACGCUCACCGCGACCGAAUUCGACACAACAAGGCUGCAACACGUCCAGGAGCUGACGGCCGCGGGCAACCUCAACAUUGGCGCGUACCAGUUUGCGGCGCAUUCGAUUCAGGUGGGUGGCCAGCCGUCGAACCGCGUCGCGGUGUACGGCAAGGGCGGCGUCCUGACAUCGGAUGCGUCGCUCGCGUUCGACGCAGCAACGUCGACGCUGCACGUGCACCAGCUCCACGUCGAUCAAGUCGUCGGCAAAAUCGACAUGACCAACAGCGAGCUCCGCGGCGUCGACAUCAUCGGCGGGUACAUCCGCGGGAUUAACAUGAGCGCGCUGCUGCUCGAAGUGGCGGGCGACAUGUACGUCGAGUCGAAUGCGUACGUCGGUGGCGGCCUCGUCGUCGACGGGCAAGUCAUGGGCUCCGGCUCGUACGUGGACUCAUCGGACGCGCGGUUCAAGACCAACGUGACGGCACUGUCGGCCGCGCUGGCUAGAGUCAAGCAGCUGCGCGGCGUCGAGUACAAUUACGACCGGGAUGCAUUUCCACGCAAGGGGUUCUCGGGCCGCCGCGAAAUCGGCUUUGUGGCCCAAGAAGUCGACGACGUGCUGCCCGAGGUCGUCACGACCGACUCGGACGGGUUCAAGUACGUGGCAUACUCGCGCAUUGUGCCCGUCGUUGUCGAAGCUGUCAAGUCGCAAGCGUCGCAAGUCGACGCGCUUGAAAGCCAAGUCGCAGCGUUGCAAGCUCAAGUCGAUCGACUCGAAGCCGCGCUGGCGACUGUCCUCGCCUCUACCACAUCCACCUAACUCGCUGCUCCUGCCAUCGCCAGUCUCGAUGAAAGACCUGCAUGGUCGCCACGACCCGUCGCGAGUUGCAGCCUGAGCAUGCGGCGACAGUUGCUAUUGUAUAUGCAACCCACGAAUCCCGUUUUGCGACUA